AAGUUGGCAACAGUGAGCAGUAUUGAUAUUUUUAGUUUCGCCAAACGGUCACAUUGUCUUCGAGAAAACUCGUGAAAUUGUAAAAAAAGAGACGGAAAAAAAUAAAUUUAAUAAUUGCAAGUAAAGUAAACAACAACAAUAAAGAAAUAUGUCACUAUUCGGUGCGUUAAUGGGUGAUUUCGAUGACGAUCUCGGAUUCAUGAACAACCACAUGAACCAUCACAUGAACGCGAUGAAUAUGCAAAUGCGUUCGAUGAACCGAUUGAUGAACUCCUUUAUGCCCGAUCCAUUCAACAUGCUGGCACCAUCGCCAUUCGAUCCGGGAUUCCAGCAGGGCGCACUUAUGGAGCGCAGCCAACAGGCAAUGGCUCCAAUGGGUGGUGGUCUCUUUGGAUUCCCACCUAUGCCCACAUUCAAUCGAUUGCUUAAUGCCGACAUUGGCGCUACUAAUGGCGCUUCAUUUUGCCAAAGCAACGUGAUGACUGUGUCCACGGGUCCCGAUGGACGUCCACAGAUUUAUCAGGCUAGCAGCAGCACCAAAACUGGACCGGGAGGUGUGCGCGAGACACGCAAGACCGUCCAGGAUUCACGUACGGGCUUUAAGAAAAUGGCCAUUGGCCAUCACAUUGGCGAGCGUGCUCACAUUAUUGAGAAGGAGCAGGAUCUACGCUCUGGCCAAUUAGAGGAGCGUCAGGAGUUCAUCAACCUGGAUGAGGAGGAGGCCGAACAGUUUGAUCGCGAGUUCACAACACGUGCCACACGCGGAAUAAUGCCACAUGGCGGCUCUCGAGGCGGCAUGCAGGCCAUACAAGGAGUUCAUCCAGCUCCGGGCACAUCGACUGUCACCAUUGAGCCCCUGGAUGACGAUGAUGAUGAUGAUUGUGUGAUCCAGGAGCCAUCGCGCUCAGUUCGACAAUUGCCCGCUCUGCCAGCGCCGCCAACAGCUCCACAUAACAGCGACUCAAGCGCAGCAGCAGCGACAACAACAACAACCACAUCGACAGCAGCAGCGUCAUCGCCUACAGUCUACGACGUAACGAAUAACAACAACAACAACUAUUUGGGCGCUGGAAAUUUAUCGUCCUCGCGUCGCGCUUACUUGCGCAAUGCCCAGCAUUUGGCCACGCCCCGUCGCCCGCUCCGUACGCCUUCCUCGUCCCCGCUGGCCACCGUUUCCAACGCUAGUCACAGCAUUGCCGGCACGACAAGCAUACAUCCACAUCCCUAUGCUGCAAAUCACGCAGCCGCACGUCGCCAGCAGCGUCUGAAGCAUCAUCAUCAAGGCAGUGGAAAUGGCAAUCACAAUGGGGGAACGGAGGAUGCCAGUGAACCACGCACCAAAUCCGCCAAACGGAACAAACCUCAAUAAUAUGAUAUGAGGUGGAACAAAUAACACACACACAUGCACGCCUACUCAUUCAGUUAAUUAAGUCUCCAAUUGCAAAGCUCCAACAAAAAAUUAACACACACACAGAAACAAACAAAAAAUAUUCAUUUAUUACAUUGUUUUUUUAUACUGCGCGUCUUACGAUUUUUGGUCAGGCCAAUCCAAAAAUCAAAAGGACGCUUUUCAAGCUUAUUUAACUCGCCUCGACCAUAUUUUGUACCAAAUUUAUUGCACGGUUUAUGCACAUCAAUGGGCUUCUGUUUUUCUUUUGACACACAGGCAACUGUUCACACCAACACACCCCCACACACUGAGACACAUGCAUACACAUACACAAUAAUGCAAAUUUAUAGUUGUAUUAAAGUUGAAAAAGAAAACAAAUAAUUAGACGGCACUAAUAUUAAGUUGGUCGUUUGAAAUAUUCUCAAGAUUUUAGUUAACUAUUACUUACUAGAGUAUAAGCUUUAAAUUUUGCAGCGAUGAGAAUCAAAUUUGAUCAAGCCGCCACCUAAAAAACUACAUGAAUACAUACAAA